AUGAAGAGAAAUUACUGGAGAAGCAGAGAAAAACAGAGAUGGAGUAAUCGCAAGCACAGCUACCAUCCUCAUCGGUACAGAAGACCCAGUCACAAUAACUGUACUGAAAGGCCAGAACAGGAGGAACCCCAGACCCCAGUGAAUGCAGGCCCCAGCUGCAGUGGAGAUCCUUCUUCGUCCAGUUUAACACAGAACUCUGUAGUGCCGGAACUGCCGGGAUUUUACUAUGACUCAGAAAAGAACCGGUAUUUUCGCCUGCUGCCUGGACAUAAUAACUACAACCCACUCACCAAGGAGAGCAUUCAGUACAAGGCGAUGGAAUGCAAAAGACUGAGACUCUUGGAAGAGGAAGAAAAACAAGAGAAGAAAACAACAAGGGCUGGACUGAGCUCAUCUAUGCUGUUACAGAAAAGGCAGCUGGGUUUGCUCAGCUCCACAAGUUACUGCAGGCUGGUCCAUGAACUAAAAGUGAAUUGCAUGCAGAGGAAGAAGAUAGAAAUUCGCAGUCCAGAUUCCUCAGUUGCUGGAACCAACAAUUUUAAAAUAAUUGUGGCAGAUGUUGCUUGUGAACGGAUAUUCACUGUGAACGAUGUGGAGCAUGGAGGAUGUAAAUAUGGUAUCAUCAACCUCAGUGGUUUGGGGAAGGAGUCUCUCACUGUGGAGAUGUAUGACAACCUCUACUUCACAAACCGCAAAGUGAAUUCUGUGUGCUGGGCAUCAUUGACUCAUCCAGAUUCUCAUGUUUUGCUGUGUCUCAUGGGAAUUGCAGAAACACCAGGCUGUGCCAGUCUGCUUCCAGCGUCAUUGUUCAGCAGCACUAACCCAGGAGAUCGACCUGGAAUGCUGUGCAGCUUCAAGAUAUCCACUGCCUGGUCCUGUGCUUGGUGCCUGAAUCCCCAAGCAGACAACUGCUUCAGCACAGGCCUGACAAGACGAGUUCUUGUGACCAAUGUAGUGACAGGGCAUCGACAGACAUUUGGAACUGGUAGUGAUGUCUUGGCACAGCAGUUUGCUAUACAGACCCCAAUGCUGUACAAUGGCUGCCGGUCAGGUGAGAUUUUCAGCAUUGAUGUGCGUCAACGCAACCGAAAGGGCCAGAGCUGGAAAGCAAUUCGUCUCUUCCAUGACUCAGCAGUUACAUCUCUUCGCCUUCUUGAGGCUGAACAUUAUCUCAUGGCAGCAGAUAUGGCUGGAAAGAUAAAACUGUGGGACCUGAGAACAGCAAAGUGCGUGAAACAGUACAAAGGUCAUCACAAUGAAUAUGCUAUUCUCCCUUUGCAUGUAAAUGAGGAGGAAGGGCUUCUUACAGCAGUUGGUCAGGAUUGCUACACCAGAAUCUGGAGUCUUCAAGAUGCCCGUCUGCUUAGAACCAUCCCUUCUCCCCACCCAUCUUCCAAAGAUGCCAUUCCCAGUGUGGUGUUUUCUUCGAGACUUGGGGGUAGCCAAGGAGUUCCUGGUUUACUCAUGGCUGUCAAACAGGAUCUCUACCACUUCUCCUAUAACUGACACAAUAUUCUCCUCAGACCUCGUCUAUAAAACUUCCAGCCUCCUAUACGACUUCAAAAUUUUUGCACCAGUCACCAUGCUGUUAAGUCACUGUAUGCUGCUGUUACAUCUGCUUUACCCAUGAAGUUCUGAACCUCCUUCAGCAGGUUCAGCAAAUCUUGCUGUAUACAUCUCAGACAUCUUGUAAAUAAAAGCUGAAUGCCAAUUA